UUUCAGCUAGCCGAUGGGUGUAAAAAUCCUAUUUUCCUCUCUUCCCCCUCCUCUUCCCUCGCUGCGUGUUUGUGUGUUCCUCCCCCACCCGCGCGUCCCCCUCCCCCCCCCCACCACACAGCAGAAUCAGCUCCGUGAGUUUCUGCCUUCCUCUUUUCAGACCUUGCGAUAGUUUUUCGUAGCUUCCACCAUGGCCCUUAAGCGCAUUCAGAAGGAGCUCCAGGAUCUGGCCCGCGAUCCGCCCACCUCCUGCUCGGCCGGCCCGGUCGGCACCGAGAUGUUCCACUGGCAGGCUACCAUCAUGGGCCCGGCGGACUCCCCCUACGCCGGCGGUGUUUUCUUCCUUAACAUCCACUUCCCCACCGACUACCCCUUCAAGCCCCCCCGUGUGAACUUCACCACCAAGAUCUAUCACCCGAACAUCAACUCCUCCGGAGCCAUUUGUCUGGACAUUCUUCGCGACCAGUGGUCGCCGGCGCUGACCAUUUCCAAGGUCCUGCUGUCCAUUUGCUCCCUGCUGACGGAUCCCAACCCGGAUGACCCGCUCGUUGCCGAUGCCGCCAACCUCUACAAGUCCGACCGCGAGAAGUACGAGGCCACCGCCCGCCAGUGGACCCGGAAAUACGCCCACGGCUAAGGAGGCCGGCGCACACUCCUCCCCCGAGCACACAUGUGCUCGAGAGCAGUCCCGCCCCCCCCCCUCCCUCGCGCAUGUGUGUCUGGUGCAUACAUAGGGUUUGCGCGCUGUGUGGGUGAGUGUGUCACUUGUGGACGUGCAGCCGCUGUGUGGUGAUCCCAGUGUGUGUGCCCCCCCCCCCUUCCCACCCCUCUCUUCUCCCUCUCCUUGUAGUUGUUGGGCGCAUGUGCAUCCCCCUCCUUUCCCCUUGUGCAUGUGUGUGUGUGUGCAUGUGCCCCGUCGUCCUCUUUUCUCCCCCUCUCGCCUCCCUCUCUUCGCGCUCUCUCCCCCACCCCACCCCCUUGUGCCGAUAUACAGCGUCAGCCCUUUUCUCUUCCAUA